CACGUGAUCCAGCUCCUCCUCCUUCUUCUUUAUUUUGUUUGUUUUUCUGGUUGAACUUUUCCCCGGAAAUCAUCGGCUGCGCAUGCGCCACUCAGUUAGCGGUUCGGACUCCGUCGAUAAACUUCGCCGUAACGAACCGAACCAGCGGCGGAGCUGGAGCAAUGGACCCCCCCGCGGCCUCACCGGACGUUCAGGUGAAGGCGGAGCCAGACGGUGACCUGGAGAUCCAGUCGUUCCCUAUCCUCCGGAAGCUGUCCGUCACUCUAACUGACUGCAGGGCAUGGCUGGAGGGGCGGGACUUCCUGUCUCUGGAUGAACACCCUCAGCUCUGUGACUUGACGCCACGGCAGCAACCUUCCACCAACACCGGCAGGAAGAUGGCGUACUGCCUCGAGUGUAAGAAGGGUUUCUACAAGCAGUCUCACCUGGAGGCUCACCUGCGGGUCCACCAAGGCCAGAAGCCCAACGAGUGCUGGCAGUGCGGAAAGACCUAUCCGACUCUGAUGAGCCUCGUGGUCCACCAGCAGAUCCACGACCGCAAGGAGCCGUACCGCUGUUCGUACUGCGACAAGACCUUCGCCCUGAAGAGGGACUGGAAGACCCACCACCGCACACACUCUGGGACCAAACCCUUCAAGUGCUGGUUCUGUGGUGACGGGUUCAGCGAGCAGGACGAGCUCACCGAGCACCUGCAGCAACAUGACGGGGAAAAGUGCUACCGCUGCUCGGUCUGCGACAAGAUGUUUGUGUCCUACCAGGGCUUCAACUUUCACCGCAAGUCGCACAAGAGCCAGAAGUUGCUGCCGUGCAACAAGUGCGACAAGACAUUCACCAACCCGCAGAGCUUAAAGCUACACCAGGUGACGCACUCCAGCAAGAAGCCGCACAAAUGUCCCACCUGUGGCAAAGGCUUCAAGCUGCUGAGCGGCCUGCGCUGCCACCAGCGCACCCACGACGACCUGCGCGACUACCACUGUGCCGAGUGUGGCAAGUGCUUCUCCAGCCUGCAGGGCCUGAAGCUGCAUAACCGAACCCACACCGGCCUCAAGCCCUACAAGUGCCCCGAGUGCGGCAAGAGGUUCACACAGUCGCCCCACCUCAAGUCGCACAUGGUGACCCACACCGGCGAGCGGCCGUUCCUCUGCACCACCUGCGGCAAGAGGUUCACGCAGUCGUCCCACCUGAGGUCCCACAUCACACUGUUCCACGUGGGGGAGAAGCCGUUCACCUGCGGCGACUGCGGCAAGAGCUUCACCAUCGCACACUACCUGAAGAUGCACCGGCUGAGCCACACCAAGGAGAAGCUGUACCAGUGCUCGUACUGCCAGAAGUCCUUCUCCUACCACAACUCGUGGCGAGCGCAUGAAAGGAUCCACACCGGCGAGCGUCCGUUCAGCUGUCAGGACUGUGGCCAGAGCUUCAUCACGUCGGGCUCGCUGCUGAGCCACCAGAGGGCCAAACACACCGGCGAGAAGAGCCACUACUGCAUCACCUGCGGGGAGUUCUUCUUCACCAGCUCGCUGCUGCGCAUCCACCAGCUUGACCACACCGGCGAGCGGCCGCAUGCAUGCAGCUGCGGCAAGACCUUCAAGACCAAAGGCGUGCUGCGCUACCACCUGAAACGCUUCACUGACCACCGGCCUGCUGAGUGACCGGCCUCCUGAAGGGGGCGUGGCCAUAGACAGAUGUAUACAGGUGCAGCAGGAAGUUAGUGAUCGCAGGCAGCAGGUGAAAACACUGACCUUUCUUUAUGCAGUCUGAGCUUUGACUGGAGCUUCUUUAGACUUCUUCUUCUGCAGUUUAAUGGGCUGCCUGGACGAGCAGCUCCACCUACUGGUGAGCUGACAGUCACACAGCAGCAGCAGAAACUCACAGGUUUACACAUAUUGGAUGAAUUUCCUUCACUACAUGUGGACAGAAGCUGGUGCAGAACAGCACAGUUCAGAAGCUGCCAGAGAAUCCGUCAGAGUUUGGUUUCCUCCAGCGUCAUCGGUGAUGAACGGCAGCUGCUUUGACGAAGUUUCACUCCCAAAGAAUAGAGCGAGUGAAUCAGAAACACUAACCGUUGGUGUGUUUAAUGUUUAAUUCACUGAUCCUGAGUCAGCUGCUGAGUAUCUAACACUUGUUUUUUUCACAGUGAUUCAUAUAAUGAAGCUUCAAUCGAUCUGAUCGGUUAUUGAUCUGAUCUGACUGUAACGUGAUCUGCUGGAGGGAGGAACACACACAGAGCGACGCCUCUUCACCUCAUAGACAGUCUGUGUUCAGCUCCUCCAGCUGAGACUCAUUCGGUCUUCUGGAUGAGUGGAUCAGCUGUUUGUCUCUGAAAUAAAAAAACAGAAAAACUGUGAAAACAAAAUCUGAGUUUCCUCAAAUGUCUUGUUUUGUCCUAAGAUCUUCAGUUUGCUGUGAGAGGAGGAAAGAAACCAGAAAAUAUAUAUUUAAGAGGCUUCAAUCACAGAAUUUCAAAUGUUUGUAUGAAAAAAUUCCAAUUGGUUAUUAAAAUGAUUGGUGAUUAAUUGAAUAGUUUUUUGAUGAAUCGAUUAUUUGCUGCAGCUCUGGUUUAAAGCCGAAGUGCAGCAGCUUUUUGGGACAGAAAGUCUGUUCUUUGGAUUCUGUUUUGAAUCUCAUCUGAUGCAGAAAACUGUCUUUAUUUUUUAUUUCUGAAGAACAAAUUGAUCCAAAUGAAAAAGAGUUUAGCUGAAAGGAAACACUACAAACAACAAGGUGAUCGCUGUAAUGAAGUCACAUGACCAGACAGCGGACCAAUCGCGGCUCCUGGGUUCGGCUGGAGCUGGUCCAGUCAAGCUGCUCUCAUUCAUCAUGUGCUGUUUCACAAUAAAAGCCAAAUCAUGCUC